AUGAUAAAUCAAGAAUAUGUUUUAGUGAAUAUUUAUAAAGAGUUUGGUAGUAUUGAUAUUUUUCACUUGUUAUUAUAUUCGGACAUAUAUGAGACUUUUAGAGUAGCUGAUAGUCAAACUAGAUUAGUUGGUAAGGGGGCAUUUUUUAAGGGUGAUCUUGUUAAAAUUGUUGUUGAGUCACAGAUGGGUGUUGAAAUUGAACUGGUCGAACAAAAUUAUAAUGAUGGAAUUGAAGAAAAGUAUGAUUUAUCUUACUUAUUAAUAAAUAGAUGGUUUAGAUUCCAAAAUCACACACUUCCGUUCAAUGUAAAUGCUGUUAUUCCAACGAAGGUAGCAAAAAGAGUAGAAAAGGAUGGUAAAUUUCUUUCAAUGUAUACUAUUAAUGAUGAAAAUGUUCCAAGUUUAUCAGAAAAGUUAUCUCAUAAAUUUGUCUGCAGAGUAGUUAAGAAGACUAGAAUAAGCUCUGUUACAAAUAAUUUUAAUCCAUUCUUUUUUGUGAUAGGUCAUUCUAAUAACGUUUUUAUUAAGAUCAUUUUUUGGUUAGAAAACUUAGCAGCAUAUUCAACAUUAAAGGUGGGUGAUUUAAUUUAUGUUAGUGAUUUUAAAAAGAAGAUAAAAACACCAUCACCUUCUAAAUUAAUUUUUAAUAAUUUAACUGAAUCAUUUUAUUUUGAUCUUGAUGAAGUAACAGUAAAGACUUUAUAUAAGUUGAAAUUAGAACCAGAAAUAACAAUACCAAUUGCUUAUAAUAGUUAUGGAACACCAUUUAUUAAAAUAGAAGGUAAUAUCAUAUAUGUUAGUGUAUUAUUGAAAUAUAGGGUAGCUGAAACUAUUUUAGAAUAUUACCUUAUUAAGAUUAAAGAUGAAAAUGGUAAUAUUAAACAGGUUGUUUUAUUUAAUAACUCAGAUGAUCUUUUCUACCAAAUUAAGGGAGGUUAUAUAAUAUUAGAAGAUAUGCGUAAGGUUGAGAGGGGGUCAUUUACUUACUAUCUAAGUACUUUAUACACACAAAUAUCUCUUAAAGAGGAAAUAUACUUGAUUGAUCCUAUUGGAGAAGAUAAUAAAAAGAAAUCUAAGAAAGUAGUCAAUGAAUACAUACAAGGUGCUUUGGGAUACAUUCCAGACAGGGUAAGUUCUAUUGAUCUUUUAGUGUUAGAAGAAACUGAAAAAAUAAACGGUAAAUCAUUGUCAGUAGAAGGAUUUUUAGAUCCAAUUUAUAUUGAGAUGGACAAAUUAUAUGAGAUUGAUUUAGUGAUUAAUGAAACUAAAAAAGUUUAUUUUAAAGGGAAAGUAAAAUCAGUUAUAAAAUCAGAAAUGGCUGUAUCAUAUACGGAGAAUGGAGAAACAAAAGAUCAGAACUGUCUAGAAUUGGCUUUAGAUAACGGUGUUGAACUUUUAAUGAUAGAGAAUUUUUAUUUGGAUAAAAAAAUAGAAUUUGAUAAAAAAGAUCUUCUAUUCAAAAAUAGUUAUAUCUUUGUGGAAGCUUUUAGAAGUGAUUCAGAAACAAUUCUUUAUUAUUUAACUGGCUAUUUAAACUUAAACAGAAACAAUAAAUAA